UUGAUCGGUAUAUCGGCGGCAAGUCGGCCGGGGGCGGAGAUAUGAGCGGGGACAAGAACUCCUCCGACGAGUCUAUGAUCGGCCGCGACGAGUACGAGGCGGAGCGGCAGGACAGAGCUAAUGAGCGAGCCGUCAUCAGCGCCUCGGUGGAGGACCUGAAGGCCGAAAUGGCGGCGAGGUUCGCGGAGUCGGCCGGGGGCGGAGAUAUGAGCGGGGACGAGAACUCCUCCGACGAGUCUAUGAUCGGCCGCGACGAGUACGAGGCGGAGCGGCAGGACAGCGCUAAUGAGCGAGCCGUCAUCAGCGCCUCGGUGGAGGACCUGAAGGCCGAAAUGGCGGCGAGGUUCGCGGAGGUGCUGGCAGCCGUGCGUGAUCGGGGCUGCGGGGCCGCCGCGGGUGGCGCUGCCAGAGCUGCACCAGUGCCCGGGUAUGGGGGCGCGCGUGCAGCUGCCGGCGUGGCGCCGGCGCCCAUGUAUGGGGGCGCGAGCGCGGGUUACGGGCUCCACCGCGUGGAGUCGAGUCCCGGGUUGCUGCAGGGCGCUGGUCGGUAUGGCAGUGGGGGCGGCUUAGGCUUCACUCCCGCGAUUUCGUCCCCGUUUGGAGCGGGAGGCCUUAACAUCGACUCCGGGGGAAACGGGAUGGGAACGGGGAUGUCGCACGCCCAGCGGCGGAUGGAAAAGGUGAUCUCGGACCAGCGGGUGAACGCUUGGAGCUCGGUGAACAGCCGCAUGUGGUGGGUGGUGAUGGGAUGUUUUCCGCCGAAGUUAGAGAAGCCGAGCCUGCAAGGGUUAAUUCAUGAUCCUAUUGAGGUCACGGACGAGGUAGCCGGCAUGCUCUUGAACUUUCGUGGCUUUGACCCUGCUGCAUUCGCGCCCCGGGGGGCGGGUGGCGAACGUAUCCCCAUCGCAACGCAUUUCGGCCUAAUGGCGGGGGCUUUUAUCACCAUCGCCCGCCGGGGGAUCGCCGACGAACCGAGGUUGGCGGCGGCAUCGAAAGCGCAAGUGGAUCGUUUCGAAGCCUCGUUCCAGGCGGCCAUCGCCGACGUGGAGCGGCUCGCUCGGGAGAAUUACGCGGCCAUCCAAGUGCCGCACAACCGCGACAUCGUUUUGACGUUCAUCGUCAAAGAUAUGGAAUUUUACAC